UGUCUUCGCAUCGAUCGCGAGCGCGCAGCGAUUGCUCCUGUCUGUUCUGUAGAUAUGGUGCUCACGAGGCGGCGAAGAGGCGGCCGGAACCCGGGUCUGGGUCUGGUUCGGUGGUGACCGCCGGCCACGGUCGAGUUGGCUAUGGGGGAGCCAGGCUUCUUGGUCACGGGAGACCGCGUCGGUGGCCGGAGCUGGUGCUUGCGGCGGAUGGGGAUGAACGCCGAGUGGCUGCUGCUGGAGGAUGGGCGCGAGGUGACUGUAGGACGAGGAUUUGGUGUCACGUACCAACUGGUGUCAAAAAUCUGCCCUUUGAUGAUUUCUCGAAACCACUGUGUUUUGAAGCAGAAUCCUGAGGGCCAGUGGACAAUUAUGGACAACCAGAGUCUAAAUGGUGUUUGGCUGAACAGAGAGCGUCUGGAACCCUUAAAGGUUUAUUCCAUCCAUAAGGGAGACCACAUCCAGCUUGGAGUGCCUCUGGAAAAUAAAGAGAAUGCAGAGUAUGAAUAUGAAGUUACUGAAGAAGACUGGGAGAGGAUAUAUCCCUGUCUUUCCCCAAACGGUGAUCGGAUGAUGGAAAAAAAUAAGGGCUUGAGAACUAAAAGGAAAUUUAGUGUGGAUGAAUUAGAGGGUUCUGGAGCUGAAGGACCCUCAACUCUGAAAUCUAAAAUAAGUAAAGUGUUUUAUAAACCUGGUCAGCUAGUGAAGUCUCAUGGGAGAGGUGAAGUGGCCAGUCAACCCUCUGAAUAUUUGGAUCCUAAGUUGACUUCUCUUGAGCCAAAUGAAAAGACCACAGAGUCUGGCUCCCCAAAAGUCAUAGAGCUUCAUCACAAGAAGCAGAAAGCCUCAAACUCUUCAGCCUCUCAGAGCAGCUUAGAGAUCUUUAAGGUGACCAUGUCCAGGAUGCUGAAGCUGAAAACACAGAUGCAAGAAAAACAGGUAGCUGUUCUGAAUGUGAAAAAGCAGACCCAAAAGGAGAACUCAAAAGAAAUUGUGAAAAUGGAGCAGGAACUGCAGGACUUACAGUCCCAGCUGUGUGCAGAGCAGGCUCAGCAGCAGGCAAGAGUCGAGCAACUAGAGAAGACUUUCCGGGAAGAGGAACAGCAUCUCCAGGACUUGGAGAAAGAGGAAGGAGAAGAGGACCUGAAGCAACAGCUGGCCCAGGCUCUGCAGGAGCACCGGGCUCUAAUGGAAGAGCUAAAUCGCAGCAAGAAGGACUUUGAAGCAAUCAUUCAAGCCAAGAACAAAGAAUUGGAGCGGACCAAGGAAGAGAAGGAGAAGGUGCAAGCACAGAAGGAAGAAGUUCUCAGCCACAUGAAUGAUGUGCUAGAGAAUGAGCUCCAGUGUAUUAUUUGCUCAGAAUACUUCAUUGAGGCUGUCACCUUGAACUGUGCCCACAGUUUCUGUUCCUACUGUAUCAAUGAAUGGAUGAAGCGGAAGACAGAAUGCCCCAUUUGUCGGAAGGACAUUAAGUCCAAAACCCGCUCCCUGGUUCUGGACAAUUGCAUUAAUAAGAUGGUAGAUAAUCUGAGCUCAGAAGUGAAAGAACGACGAACUGUCCUCAUUAGGGAAAGAAAAGCAAAGAGGCUGUCCUGAAGACUGUGCUUUAAGGGCAUUUGAAAGACUGCCAGGCAAUGGGAGCUUAGAAUGGUCUGGAGGAUUCUCUGGCUGUGACGUGACGUGGCCGCUCUGCAAGUCACCUGAGGAGCCACGUGGGGCAGAGACUGCCGAGUUGGGAAGCCCCCCCGCCAGGGCGCUGCCGUCACUGGAGAACCGCUGGGGCUUACUGCGCCCAGCUCUUCAGGGUAUUUCGUAGACUCCGCCUCACUACGUGCUGAAUGGGUUAUUUGAGUUUUGUUUUGUUUUUUAAAGUUGUUGUUGUUAUUUUGAUACCUCAGAAGCACCCUUGUUGACAGUUGUUGUGGACAGGUUGGGCGUGCCCCAUGGCUCCCCUGACGCCCUGAUUCAGUAGUGGGAUGAGGAUGAGAGGAUGGCUUACCUCUUCUUUGUGAAAACAGUAUGUCGUUUCCUGGAAAUAAA